AUGUUGGCAUAUGGUUCAUCAUCUGAUGCUGUUGACGAGUACCUGAAAAUUGCUUCAAGUACCGCUAGAGAGUGCCUUCUUCAUUUUGUCGAAGCGGUUGUUGCUAGAUUUGGAGAUGAAUACUUGAGGAAGGCAAAUGCAAAUGACAUUGAGCGUCUCCUACAUGAAGGCGAGCGUCGUGGCUUCCCAGGCAUGAUGGGAAGCAUCGAUUGCAUGCACUGGAACUGGAAGAAUUGUCCUUGGGGCUGGAAAGGAAUGUAUCAAGGAAGAAGCAAAACAGCAACCAUAAUCUUAGAAGCGGUUGCUUCAAGUGACAGGUCUCCCGUCUUUGAUGAUGUCCUACAAGGAAGAGCCCCAGAGGUCAACUUCUCGGUGAACGAGACAACUUAUAACAUGGGUUACUAUCUUACUGAUGGCAUCUACCCGAGAUGGUCAACAUUCAUCCCCGCAAUAAAGCUCCCCCAAACCCCCAAACAAAGACUAUUCACACAACAUCAAGAAGCUGUUAGAAAAGAUGUAGAGCGUGCAUUUGGAGUAUUGCAAGCUAGAUUUGCAAUUAUUCGUAAACCCGCUCUCGCGUGGGAUAAAGACAUAUUGUGGAAAAUAAUCAUGGCAUGUAUCAUCAUGCACAAUAUGAUUGUUGAAGAUGAGCGUGAUACUUAUCAAAAUUACCGAAAUCCAAACGAAUAUGAUCAGCUUCAAACUCAAAAUAAUGAGGGGUCAUCUAACCAAGUCGGAGAAGACUCAUUCGUUGUGCACAACGGAAGACUCGAUGCGCGAAAUUUAGGUGCAUACAUGGAGAGAAGAUCUGAGAUGCGAGAUGCGGAAACUCACAUCUCACUAAAAAAUAACUUGGUUGAACACAUAUGGCGUAAGUUUGGGCCUAAUCGUCAAGUUGAUUAA